AUGUCUCUGUUUCUGAGUCGGCUCCGCCUUGGGAAAGAAGGGUUGGUGAGAAGAUCAUCUCUUCUGAUUCUCUCUAACGGCUUGUCAUCAUCAUCCUUACAUCAAUCCCCUCCUUGUAAUAUCCUCGGCGCUAAACCUUGUGGAGAGGGUCUCGGGAAACUCAUCAUCAAGAAUGCUAACGAACGUGACCCUACUGAACCGGAAAAGAAAGUGCCUAUGGAGUUGGUGUAUAAUAAUCAUGGUAACGAUACCAUCGUUGGGGCAUCUCAUGGCUGGAUAGCUACUCUCAAGAACGACGGAAUCCUGCGUCUCCAAGACGAUCUCAACCCAUAUGCAUCGUAUACAGAACCGAAACACAUCCCUCUGCCUCCCCUUGUAACCAUGAGACACUGCCAAACCAAAAUCAUCACCAACGUGUCAAUGUCCUCAUCUUUUCCGGAUGAUGAUGAGACCUGUGUUGUAGCUGCUAAGUUCUUGGGAGCUCAGCUCAGCUUUUGCAAACCAGCCUCUCAGAGUUGUAAACCAGAGUGGACCAACAUCAGGAUCAAAAACCCCUGUUUCUACUCCUCACGUGUCGUGUUCUCCAAGAAAGAGGAGAUGUUUCGCAUUGUCGGAUAUGGAGGCCACCUCAUCGGGUCAUGGGAUCCCUGCAAACCCAGCGAGGACCCCAAAUUGCAGACCUUGCAUUUCCAAAAGCUUCCUAAGCUGCCGAAGUCCACACGCGAGCUUAUGGAUUCGUGUUGCAAGAGCGAGCGCUUGGUGGAGUCACCAACUGGUGAGACUUUCUUGGUUAAGAUGUAUAGGAAGACAGCCGAGAUCAGCAAGGGUGGUAUUGCAAAAAUGAAGACGAGAGCUUUAAUGGUGUUCAAGAUAGAUGAAGAAGGAAACGCUGUCUACACUCAAGACAUAGGAGAUUUAGUCAUUUUCCUCUCGGAUUCUGAACCAUUCUGUGCCCUUGCUGCUUCCUUUCCUGGCUUGCACUCAAACCACGUUGAGUUCUUGGAAGCUUUCAACGAAGUCGCUUAUAUCGAUCUGUCUGGUCACGCUUUCAUUAGCUAUAUUGAUUCUCACUUCCCUGCUUACUAUAUUCCUCCUCAAAAAAUCUAG